CGGUUCGCUGGGAGCAGUGCUGAGGGGGGCUGGACCGUGACACUUCACCGGCGGAAUAAACCAAACACCUGCCACCGCGCAGACUUUCAACAACUAGAAGUACAGCGUGGUGGAGCUUACGUGACAAGACGACGAACACAUCUUCUGUUUUGUAUUCAAACUGGCAAACGCUGGAGAUAUUGUCACGAAAACAGCGAAACAUAUCUUGGCUUUUGUUGCCUUUAUCUCCUCAACUGUCCAGAUAACAGCUUAGAAGUAUCCUGAGGAAUUUCGUGCACAAACUGCAACUUUUAUCGCCGUUUUUUCGGAAUCACUGACACGCCCCAAAAGUGGGAAUUCAAAAGGCUAGAGCUAUAUAAGCUCUUAUGAUUUUAUGAGAAGGUUUUUUGACGAAUUUCAGAGUUUAAGGCACGAGCUGUGCUCACAGAGACGGUAAGGAAUGUAACGAUAACAUCUCACCUGAGCCUCAGACACCAAAUACACGGAGCAACAGACCGACUGAGCCACAAGACCAGCAAAUCAGGUUGCCUGCAAAUGGGUCUAACCAUGAGAGUUAUGGAAACAAGACUCCUCCUGUUGCUGUGGGCUUUGUUUGUGUUUGAAGUGGCCUGCACACAUCGCUCCGCUCCCAGAGUGCACCUGGCUUUUAAAGAGCUGAUGGACACUCGGACGGCAAGGCCUUUCAGUUUCUCCUUCAACACCAGUGACUACCGGAUCUUGCACGUUGAUCCAGACCAGGGGCGGUUGUACCUGGGCAGCCGUGAAUAUCUGGUCUCUCUAGACAUGCAAAACAUCAACAAAGAGCCUCUUAUUAUCCACUGGCCGGCUCCAGCUCAGAGAAAGGGAGAGUGUCAGAUGACUGGGAAAGGCAGGCAUGGAGAGUGUGCUAACUUUGUGCGUCUGAUUGAGCCGUGGAACAGGACUCACCUGUACACCUGCGGCACAGGAGCUUAUAAACCCAUCUGCACUUUCAUCAACAGAGGCUGGAGAGCUGAGGACUACCUCUUCAGGCUGGUUCCUGGUUAUGUGGACUCUGGAAAGGGAAAAUGUUCUUACGAUCCAAACCAGGAGAAUGUUGCAGCCCUGAUUAAUGGAAACCUGUAUGCUGGAGUGCCGGUGGACUUCAUGAGCACUGAUCCAGGAAUCUUCAGGACCAUGGGGAGCCGGCCAGCUGUGAGAUCAGAGCAGUAUGACUCUAAGUGGCUGAACGAACCUGUAUUUGUUCACAUGAAACAGAUUCCUGACAGCUCAGAGAAGAACGAUGACAAGCUCUAUUUCUUCUUCCGUGAGAAGAGUCUGGACUCGGGGGGUGGAGCGAGUCCAAGUGUUUUGGCCAGAGUGGGCCGUGUGUGCCUGAAUGAUGAGGGUGGACAGAAGUCUCUUGUGAACAAAUGGACAACUUUUCUGAAGGCCAGGCUUGUGUGCUCAGUGAUGGGAGAUGAUGGGGUGGAAACCUUCUUUGAUGAACUGAGGGAUGUGUUUAUUCAACCUACCCAGGAUGAACGAAACCCUGUGGUAUAUGGCGUCUUCUCAACUUCUGGCUCUGUGUUUAAAGGCUCAGCCGUGUGUGUCUACUCAAUGGCUGACAUCCGAAAUGUCUUCAAUGGCCCUUUCGCCCAUAAACAUGGACACAACUACCAAUGGACUACAUACACAGGGAAGAUUCCCUAUCCACGUCCAGGAACAUGUCCAGGAGGCACAUUCACACCGGGGCUUAAGUCCACAAAAGAGUUCUCAGAUGAAGCAGUUAACUUCAUUCGUGCUCAUCCUCUCAUGUACCACCCUGUGUAUCCCAUUCACAAGCGCCCUCUGGUGGUGCGCUCCGGUGUAGACUAUCGCUUUACUACUAUUGCGGUGGAUCAGGUGGAUGCUGUGGAUGGCCGAUAUGAGGUUCUCUUUCUGGGAACAGAUCGUGGUACAGUUCAAAAAGUUAUAGUGCUGCCCAAGGAUCCCACCACAAUGGAAGAGCUCACUUUAGAGGAAGUGGAAGUUUUCAGGACACCUGCUCCUGUCAAAACAAUGCACCUAUCAGCCAAAAGGCAACAGCUGUACGCAUCUUCAGAGGCAGGUCUUACCCAGAUGUCUUUGCACCGCUGUGGAGUGUAUGGAAAGGCCUGUUCGGACUGCUGUCUGGCCAGAGACCCCUACUGCGCCUGGGAUGGAGAAAACUGCUCUGCUUUUACACAAGCCACCAAAAGGAGGAGCAGAAGGCAGGAUGUUAAACACGGUGACCCUUUGCGUCAGUGCCGGGGCUACAAUGCCAAAGUGGAGAGGAGACUGAAGGAGAAAGUUCAGUUCGGAGUGGAGGGUAGCAGCACGUUUCUGGAGUGCGUGCCGCGCUCUCCUCAGGCCUCUAUCAAAUGGCUCUACCAGAAGGAGGGAAGACGAAAAGUGCUGAAUCGAGACGGGGAGGUUCUUAAGACUCCUCAGGGGGUCCUUCUGAAAGCUCUCACCAAAGCAGAUGCAGGCCAGUACCAUUGCCUGGCCACAGAAAAUAACUUCAAACACACGCUGGCUCGUGUCUCUUUACGUAUCCUGGACCGGGACAUCGCUGUAGCCCUCACCACCCCUGAUGAGGAAGAGGAGGCUUCAAGGAGCCAUCACAAAGACCAUCAACAGGACCCUGCACUUCCUACCCCAGCGCUCCUGCUGGAGCCCGAAAUGCGUCUGAUUCAGCAGUACUGCCAGUCCUACUGGGAGCAGCUAACGGCUGGGGGGAACUCUCAGGCUGACCUCCCUAAACGUGCAUAUCGCAGACACACAGAAGCACUGAAGGCUAGUGGGGAGUGAGGAGGAGAGGAAAAGACUGUUCGUCACUUUGUUCCAAGCAGUUCAUGGACUUGUAUAGGUUAGUUCAUGUGCAGUGGCACCUAAAAGUAUUUGGACACAUUUGGACAUGUUUUACAGUGUUCAAAAAGAAUCAAUAUUAAUUUACAACACUUAAAAAUGAAAAUGUAUUCAUUUAACUGUACCUGCAUAGGAUAAUUCAUGAACAGUGGCCCCAAAAAGUAUUUGGACAAUUAAAAAUGAUCAUUUUUUUUUACAAAAAAAUUUGUACACUUAAAAAUGAACAAAUCUUUACAGUGUUCAAAAAUUCACCUGAUUAAUUAAUUCAUGAACAGGGGCUCCAUAUAUUUGGAAAUUACUUUUUAAAAUGAUAAACAUUUAUUUUGGACACAUACAAAUUUUACAGAGUUCAAAAUGUAAAAUAUCAUUCAUAAAAAAAGUUAAUUAAAGGUAAAAGUUAAUUAAGUGUGUCCGAUCUUUUGAAAUUUGCCACUUGGUUUGAUAUUUUAUCUAAUGCAAUAGCAUUCACCCCCCAAAAUGUCAAAGUGUCUAAAUUCUUUAGUCACUGUAUGUAAUCUUACAUUCAUUGUUCAUUCGUUCACUGAUCCAAAGUUCGAGUACCUGACCAUUCGUCUGUUUGUACUGAGAUUGUAGUCAGUGUUGAUUUAGGACUGAGCAUUUCCACUUGCCACAGUGAUGUGACUGCAUUUCAGUAUUAUAAACAGGUGUAAACUUUUACUAACCUCACAAAUAUGACCAUACAGUCAUUACAUACUGGCUUUAAUUACCAAUAAACCAUAAAGCACCUUUAAAGAGGAUAUUACCUCAUAAACUUUGAAAACGUUCCACUAUCCUUUAGUCAGAAAAACAAAGUUGCCUACAAAGUCAUUGUUAAAUCACUCAAACAGUGGGCCAGUGCAAUUUCUAAUAUUCCACCUGGAUUAUGAAAUUGUGAAAGUAAUAUAUAUGUAUGUAUGUUUAAUAGUAAUAUAUAUGUAUGGAUUCCAAUAACUGGGGUAAUAAUGGCACCAAACAUCUGCAAGAACACUACUUGCCUUCAUGUCUUUGUGACUGUGGCUGCUUCUCACUAUUUGUAAUAUAUAUUUAUUUGAAGUUGUAUAUUUUUUAUGGGAUGAUAAUUGUUGCUAGAGGAUACUGAAUAAGGGUGGAGGGCAUUUUUGCAUGAUUGACAAAUAAGAUAUGUUGUUAUAUUUAUUUAAAUGCAUUCAAAAUGACUGACUGUUUAGGAAAUAACACUGUUAUGCUGUGCAUUUAGUUUCGUGCUUUGUGUCUGGUUGAGCAAUCACCAUUCAAGCAAAAACAAACGGUCAAAUGAGUUCACUCAGAUAAUAUCUAACACUGGAAAUAUUUCACAAUAUUCGUGUCCUUUUUUAGGAGAAUGGUAGAAUAGUCCCGGUGUAAAAUACAAUGUUAUGUCUUGCUCUUAGAUGUUGAUGUCUUAGAUGUCUUGUAAGAAAAAAUAAAAAUAAACAAGCAAUAAUUCAUGA